ACUAGUUUUUGAAUCACUAUUUGCACUACAAAUACAUGUGAUCGAUCAAACUUGAAUGAAUCAGCGUACACUGAACCCUCAUGACGGUGAAAGGAGGCACAAGCCCAGCUUGUGCCGCAUGCAAGUACCAGAGGCGGAGGUGCUCCUCCGAGUGCACUCUGGCACCGUAUUUUCCGGCCAAUCAAACCAAGACGUUCCAGAACGCUCACCGUCUCUUCGGCGUCUCCAACAUUAUGAAGAUACUGGGGCUAAUGGAGACUCGAGAACAGAGAGACGAAGCCAUGAGAUCUGUCAUCUACGAGUCUGAUAUGCGCGAGAGGUUUCCUGUUCACGGAUGUUGUGGGAUCAUACGCCAUCUUUAUGCUCUGUUGGUGCAGGCCGAUGAAGAACUCCAAUACGUCCAAGCGCAACUAGCAAUGUGCGGGGAGCAGUGCCAUGGCCGAAUAGUUAAUCAGGAUUAUUCUACUCGUCCGGAACGAUUUGGCAUGAGUUUACCCGGUGAUGUGCUCAUGGGACUGCGACAUUUUUGCAUAAACGAUGCAAUUCCUUUUGAAGGGGAUCACCAUGUUGUGACAGAAGUGACUGAAAAUAAUUGCGCUUACGUUGAAUCGAAUGAAGAUAUAGCAAAUCACUAUAGGGUUCAACAUCCAAACUAUAAUUCAGUGGCAAUUCAAUCCCAGUCAUUUCCUCCUCAACAACAGACUGAAGUUGAUUAUGAUGACAUACCAUUUGAUAUACUUGCAGAUGACAGACAAUCUUAUAUCGAAUCAAAGGAAGAGUGUGAAUCAAGUUGUGCAUCAUCACGGAAAAAUACAACCCAUUCUCUCGAGUACGCAUCAAAAAAUGAUCUCAAGAGUGCUGCAGCUUGUUUUAGGCUUACCAAUUUUGACUAUUGUAAUGAUUUUUAAUUUUCUAUUUAUUUU